CGCACUCGGGCACUCUCGAGUAAACCCUCAGAGACCUGCACACUCAGCGGGGCUGAUCGGUGAAACUCAUGUUUCUAGAGGGAGAACGGAUUAUGAACGCGUUUGGGCAGCAGCCGUCGAGCCAGCAGACCAGUCCUCUCCAGCACCAUAACGCGCAGGACAUCCUGGACAUGACCGUGUACUGCGACACCAGCUUCAGCAUGUACCAACAGAACCUCCAUCACCACCACCAUCACGCGCAGAGGCCACCUGCGCAUCCUUCCAGCUACGGCCUGGGCGAAUACACCUCAGCCACAGCCAACCCUUACCUGUGGAUGAACAGCCCGGGCAUCACCUCACCCCCCUACCUCUCAGGCCCGAACGGAGGCUCUUACAUUCAGUCAGGAUUUGGGUCGAACCAGAGGCAGUUCCUUCCUCCUCCCACGGGCUUCGGAAGCGCAGAUCUCAGCUGGCUGUCCAUUUCAAGUCAGCAAGAACUUUUCAAGAUGGUCAGACCGCCUUAUUCCUAUUCAGCGCUGAUUGCGAUGGCUAUUCAGAACACGCAGGAUAAGAAACUGACGCUCAGUCAGAUUUAUCAGUAUGUGGCGGACAACUUUCCUUUUUAUAAGAAAAGCAAAGCCGGAUGGCAGAACUCAAUUAGACACAAUCUGUCCUUGAACGAUUGCUUCAAGAAAGUCGCGCGGGAUGAGGAUGACCCUGGGAAAGGAAAUUAUUGGACUUUGGACCCCAACUGCGAGAAAAUGUUCGAUAACGGCAACUUCAGAAGGAAGAGGAAGAGAAGAGCUGACGCCAGUAACCUGUCUGUAAAAUCCGAGGACGCGCUCAAAUUGGCGGACACGGCUAGUCUGAUGAGCGCGUCCCCGCAAAGCCUCCAAAACUCUCCGACCACCAGCGACCCCAAAUCGGCCCCUUCACCAUCCGCAGAGCACAGCCCGUGUUUUAACAACUUUAUCGGUAACAUGAAUUCAAUAAUGCCUGGAAACAGCAACGGUAUCAGAAGCAGAGACGUCAGUUCUGGACACCUGGGAGAUUUUACGCACAGCAUGUCAGGACAUGAAAUUGCCCCUCCAUCAUCAGAACCAGGCCAUCUCAACAGCAACAGACUAAACUACUUCUCAGCAUCCCAUAAUAACAGUGGCUUGAUCAACUCGCUCUCCAACCAUUUCAGUGUCAAUAAUCUCAUCUACAGCCGGGAGGGAACGGAAGUUUAGAGUUUGUGAACCUCUAAUGUGCUCUGUGAGUACAUGGACAAUCUGUUCUCACAUUAGACUUUAUUUCUAUACACGUUCACCUCAUUCGCACAGUCCAUUUUCAUUCAGACUGCCUGGUGUUUUGGGAUGCAUCAGCAAGUGGGUUUGCAAAGUGCAUCAUUUACAUGUAUUCUGUUAUUGUUGCACCAAACUGUGAUACCUAACAAGUCCACACAUGUCUAUUUCCUAGGCCACCAUAGAACAAAUGUAGAUAUAUUUUAUUUAAAUGAAAUGUUUUUGAUUUUUUUUUUAAAUAAACAUGCAUAUAUCUGAAUUGUCUGUAGCAU